AUGGCUGCUUGUGGGGGUCACCUCCAGUGUCUCCACGAUGAAUCCACUUGCUCCAUCUGCCUGGAUUACUUCAAGAAUCCAGUGACGAUCGCAGAAUGUGGGCACAACUUCUGCCAGUCCUGCCUGAUCCAGUGCUUGGGGGAAUCGGAGGCAGAGGCUUCGUGCCCUCAGUGCAGAACAAGAGUCCAGAGAAGGAGCCUCAUUCCCAACCGGCAACUGGCAAACUUUGUAGAAUUAAUCAAGAAUCUCAGCCGUCAAGAGGGAAAAGAGGAAGGAGGAAAAGGGCGAGUCUGUGAGAAGCACCAGGAGCCCCUGAAGCUCUUUUGCAAGAGGGAUGAAGCCCCCAUCUGUGUGGUGUGUGACAGAUCCAAGGAGCACAAACACCACGAGGUGAUUCCUCUGGAGGAGGCGUCCCAAGAAUACAAGGAGCUGUUCUAUAGCCACCUGGAGAUUAUGAGGAGAGAGAGAGAGAACAUUCUGUCUUAUCAAGCAGACACAGAAAAGGAAAGCCAAGACAUCCUUAAAUUAACAGAAAUGGAGAGGCUGAAGGCUGUGGAGACGUUCAGACAACUGCACCAGUUCCUGGAAGAACAAGAAAAAUGUCUGCUGAAUCAUGUGGAAGAGGUGGAGAAGGAGAUUGCAGGGAGAAGGGAUGAGCAGCUGGCCAGACUCUCCAGGAAACUCUCCUCUCUUGAGAAGAUUAUCCAGGAGAUGGAGGAAAAGUGUCAGCAGCCACCAAGUGAACUCCUGCAGGAUGUGAGAAGCACCUUGCAGAGGUAUGAGAAAAGAGAGAGUCCAGAGAAGCCACUGGCUUUCCCUCCAGAACUGAGGAACAGGAUCUUGGAAUCCUGUGAUCUAAAUCACCUUGUGGAGGAUGCAAUGAAACAAUUGAAAGAAAGCCUGAACCAGAGUGUAGAGCAAAGGAAGACAAAUGUGACUCUGGAUCCAGACACAGCCCAUCCCAGGCUCACCCUGUCCGAGGAUCGGAAAAGUGUGAGAUAUGGUGACAGAAAGCAAGUCCUGCCAAAUAAUCCUGAGAGAUUCAGCAACAGGCCUUGUGUGUUGGGACGUGAGGGAUUCACAGCAGGCAGACAUUUCUGGGAAGUCAAUGUGGAAAGUGGGGAAUGGUGUACUUUGGGUGUCGCCAGGAAGUCUGUGGGGAGAAAGGGCUUAUUCUCCUUAAACCCUGAGGGAGGGAUCUGGGCUUUGGAGAAGUUGGGAGGUGACUACUGGGCCUGCACAUCCCCUGAAUACUCUCCUCUGUCCCUGGGUUUGCAGCCCAGGAGGAUCCGGGUGACUCUGGACUAUGAAGGGGGACGUGUGUCUUUUUAUGACGCUGACUCAGGAGCCAAACUCAACACGUUCUCCAGAGCCUCGUUCUCUGGAGAGACCCUCCUCCCUUUCUUUCGUCUAUUGGAUAACGAAACCCACCUCAGGAUCUCCUGAGGAGACUAAAUCUGCCUCUCAGGCCCAGCAGGAGUUUCUCUUCAGACCAGAAUGACCGGUAUAAAAAACAUUUACCUGCCAAGAGCAUGUUGGGCAGUUUUUCGAGGGGACCUUUGAGAGGAUUCAUUCCAGUCAAAAUCAGCAGAAAUAACAAAACAAAAAUUGGUUGCUGUUGCUUUGC